CGCUCUCUCCCCUGUUCGAUCGAGGCUAUCUUCUUCUUUCCUCCGAGCUUUCAAUCCAUUUGCAUGGCCGCGCAAGCCUCCUCCACCGCAGCGCUCUCCCUUCUCUGGAGUCUCCUCGUCGCGAUCUGGAAGAAAACUCUGGGAAAGCUCUUCUUCCGUGAUGAUCGCCACCAGCAAGAUCACACGCCGCCCGGCCCGCGUCCACUGCCAGUGAUUGGAAACCUCCACCAGCUCCUGGGGCGCCCUCCACACCAAGCGCUCUUGGAUCUCUCCAAGCGCCACGGCCCUCUCAUGUUCUUGCGCCUGGGCUGCGUUCCAACUUUCGUGGCCUCGAGCGCCGAGGCGGCGAGGGAAUUCCUCCACACUCACGAUCUCGUGUUUGCAUCGCGGCCCAGGUACGCAGUGGCGCGCGAGCUCACGUACAACUUCGCGGAUAUCAUGUGGGCGCCUUACGGCGAUCACUGGCGCCAUCUCCGCAAGGUUUGUAGCCUCGAGCUCUUCAGUGGCAAGAGAGUGGAUUCCUUCGAGCGCGUGCGCAAGGAGGAGAUCUCCUCGGCGCUUGCGACGGUGGAGGAGGCGGCGAGAGCGUCCAGCGUCGUGGAUCUCCGCGCGGUUCUGUCCGACAUCACGCUCUACAGCAUCCUGCGCAUGGCCACCAGCCAGGAAUUCGGCGGGAAGAAGAAGCAGCUCUCGCGGUUCGAGCGGCGUGUCAAGGAGACGAUCGAGCACGCGGUGGAGAUGAUCGGCGCGCUCAAUGUGGGCGAUUACUUGCCCUCUUUGCGGUGGAUGGAUCUCCAGGGCUAUGGCCGCCGGGCCCGGAAGCUCCACGCGCUCCAGGAUGCGUUCUUUCAGUCGCUGAUCGACAGGAAGCGGCAGUAUCAAUGGCGUGGCGGCGCCGGCGCCGGCGGCGUGGAGGAUCUCCUGGACGUUCUCCUCGCAUCGCAGGAGAAGAAUGCGCUGACCGACGAUACCAUUAAAGCCGUCAUCCAGGAUGUGAUCGGGGCCGGGAGCGACACCGCGUGGGUCACCUGCGAAUGGGCGAUGGCGGAGCUCCUCCGGCACCCCGCCGCAAUGCGCCGGGCGCAGCGCGAGAUCGACGCCGUGGUGGGGCGCGACAGGGUUGUGGAGGAGAGCGAUCUCCCGGGGCUGAAUUUCCUGCACGCCAUCGUCAAGGAGACGCUGCGAUUGCAUCCGCCAUCGCCAGUGAUCCUCUACGAAUCCACCAUGCCCUGUGUGUCGAGCGCCGGUUACCGGAUCGCACAGGGCGCUCGGCUGCUCGUCAAUGUCUACGCGAUCUCCAGGGAUGCCAAUUCGUGGGAGAGGGCGCUGGAUUUCUGGCCGGAGCGAUUCGAGGAGGGCGCGAAGAAGGGUGUGGAUGUGAGGGGCCAGAAUUUCGAGCUCAUCCCGUUUGGAUCCGGGCGGAGGAUCUGCCCAGGGAUGGGGAUGGGACUCCGGAUGGUGCAGUGCGUGCUGGCGAGGCUGCUGCAAGGAUUCGAUUGGGAGAAAGUGGGAGAGAUCGAUAUGAGGGAGAAAUUUGGGCUCGCCAUGCCAAAGCUCGUCCCUCUCCAGGCAAUCCCAUGCCCCAGGAGGUCUUGACUUUUUCCCGCUCAAACUUUUGUUUGAAUUGAUGCAUUUUGGGUUAUAGUAUUUUAGGGUUUGUGGUAAAUCGGGCCUUCAAAAUUAAACCCCUGUGAUAGUUUGAAAAGAAAGGUU